GACAUGGCACUGCCCGACGAUGAGGAGGGGACAACGGUGGCGAACGGGCACCCGCCCGCGAACGGAUACCUCCCGGUCCCGGGGGACGCGCCCGCUGGAAAGGUGAGCGCGGAGACGCAGAACGGGCCCAAAGCCGGCUGCCUGGCCCUGAAUGGGGUCUCUCGGGACAGCCCCAAGGCCGCCUCGGGAGCUCUGGACAGGCCGAAGACUCCGCUGGCCCCGGAGGAGGAGACCCAGGCCCGGUUGUUGCCCAAGGACCCCGGCGAGCAGACGCCGGCGGUCGAGGGCACCCUGGUGCCCCGGACUGCGCUCUCCGCGCGGCGCUUUUUGGUGCUACUGAUCUUCAGCCUGUACUCGAUGGUGAACGCGUUUCAGUGGAUCCAAUACAGCAUCAUCAGCAACGUUUUCGAGGGCUUCUACAACGUCUCCUCGCUGCACAUUGACUGGCUGUCCAUGGUAUACAUGCUGGCCUACGUGCCCCUCAUCUUCCCGGCCACCUGGCUGCUGGAUACCAGAGGCCUGCGGCUCACCGCCCUGCUGGGUUCCGGCCUCAACUGCCUGGGCGCCUGGAUCAAGUGCGGCAGCGUGCAGCAGCAUCUCUUCUGGGUCACCAUGUUGGGCCAGUGCCUGUGCUCUGUGGCUCAGGUGUUCAUCCUCGGCUUGCCCUCCCACAUCGCUUCAGUGUGGUUUGGGCCCAAGGAGGUGUCCACAGCUUGCGCCACCGCCGUGCUAGGUAAUCAGCUUGGAACUGCAGUUGGCUUUUUGCUGCCACCAGUUUUGGUGCCGAACACACAGAAUAACACACAACUGCUGGCUUGUAAUAUCAGUACCAUGUUUUAUGGAACUUCAGCUGUCUCCACACUUUUAUUUAUUUUAACGGUAAUUGCAUUCAAAGAAAAACCUCAGUAUCCACCAAGCCAGGCUCAAGCAGUUCUCCAAGACAGUCCCCCUGGAGAGUAUUCCUAUGGGAAAUCAAUAAGGAACCUAUUUAAAAAUAUUCCUUUUGUCCUUCUAUUGAUCACUUAUGGUAUCAUGACUGGAGCAUUUUAUUCAGUCUCAACAUUAUUAAAUCAAAUUAUACUGACAUACUAUAAGGGAGAAGAAGUGAAUGCUGGAAGGAUUGGGCUGACGCUAGUGUUAGCUGGAAUGGUGGGCUCUAUUCUUUGUGGUUUAUGGCUGGAUUAUACCAAAACAUACAAACAUACUACUUUGACAGUUUACAUUUUGUCUUUUGUUGGAAUGGUUAUAUUUACUUUCACACUAAACCUUGGACACAUUAUCAUCGUAUUUGUCACUGGAGGGUUGCUUGGUUUCUUCAUGACUGGUUACCUCCCCUUGGGUUUUGAAUUUGCUGUUGAAAUCACUUACCCUGAGUCUGAAGGUACUUCAUCUGGUCUUCUUAAUGCUGCUGCACAGAUAUUUGGAAUUUUAUUCACAUUGGCGCAAGGAAAGCUCACAUCAGACUAUAGUCCUACGGGAGGGAACAUCUUCCUCUGUGUUUGGAUGUUUGUAGGCAUCAUUUUAACAGCAUUAAUCAAGUCCGAUCUGAAAAGACACAAUAUAAAUAAAGGAAUUACAAAUGGCGAUAUUAAAGCUGUACCAGUUGAUAGCCCCACAGAUGAAGAAUCAAAAACUAUUCUGAUGUCCAAGCAAUCAGAAUCAGCAAUUUGAGACCAGCUGUCCAAGCCCCCUCAGUGUGAAUACAGUCUACGAAUAUGACACUUCUAACCCACCUAAUGACACUAUUGGGAUGAGACUUCCAGAUGACCUCUUAAGAUUUUUCCCAUUUCUUACAUUCUUGUUAGAAAAUACUUUGUAACAGGUACUGUCAGUGACCAUAAAAACUUUUCUGUGUGCAGAUGGAACCCAUAACUUUGGUCUUAGACAUAUGUUCUCAUUAAGCGAAGUAGCUCAGACAGACUCAUUACCUUGAGUUCUUCUUUGUGCUGCCUUCCCAUUCAUCGUAAGAAUGCUAACACUGUAUUUUUCCACUCCAACUUGAUAUAGAGUAGUUUUGUAUCCACUACCUUUUUUUACUCUUUUUUUCUUCAAUAUAUAACUUUCUAGUAAGAAAAUUUCAUCCUAUGUGUUACUGGCUUUCUCAUGAUUUUUUGUAUCACACCUUAUACUUUUGCCUUGAAGAUUCCUGAGAUAAGGAACUCUGUAAUAACUUCAGGUAGCCUAGGUAUUCCCAUUUAGUGGAGACCUCUUGAAAUGCUGUCUGUUCUAAUUCAGAAAAUCAUUCUUUAUGGAAGCUUUAUCAUUCUUUGAGGAAUCCUGUGCCCAGGUCUGUGCUCCCUCAGUGUGUUGGGGGAGUGGAUUCUUUUCUUCACCACAGAAUGUGCAUAGGCUCCAAACUGUUGGAACAUCUGCUCUUUUACAUGCUCAGGGUAAGGAGAAUAGGACCAAAUGCAUUUCCACAGUGCCUACCACUGCGUUUUGUUUACAGUGAGAAUCUCAAUGUUGUUCAUGUCCUGGCUCUCUAAGCUGAUAGGGAAUAUCUUUAGAGUAAUGGCAUUUAAACAGCCAUAAUAUUUAUAUUAUGUCCACAGAAACACAAAAAGCCAAUCAGGUAUUCCCUUGAAUAUCCUUGAAGUGAAUUAGCAAUUCUGAUUUGGGUGUACUAUAUGCAUCGCUUUAUACUGAAAUUAUAACAUUCUCUGUAACCAAACGACUGUAAAUUAUGUGGAAUCUUACCCUGGAGAACGUGUUACCAGAAGAACUUAGCUGGGAAUCAGGAACUUCAGGUCUAUGUCCUGGAUCUGUUUCUAGUUUCCCUGUAAAUCAGGCAGCACUUUCCUCAUCCGUAUAAUGAAUGUGUAAAAUUUGAUCUCAGAGAUCUUUUUUGAAUUUUAAAUGUACUCAUCGGGGGAUAGACCAAAUCAUUGUACCACAGGAACUUAAAUCUAGCUGUAGAAAAAUUCCCUGGACAGUUGAAUAAACAACUGUGGUUGUUACCUUGUAGAUACAGGGAACUUAAAAUCUGUUUUUAGAACUCCCCUGGUGGCACAGUGUUUAAGAAUCCACCUGCCAAGGCAGGGGACAUGGGUUCAAGCCCUGGUCCGGGAAGAUCCCACAUCCUGUGGAGCGUCUAAGCCCGUGCACCACAAAUACUGAGCCUGUGCUCUAGAGCCCGCGAGCUGCAACUACUGAGCCCGCGAGCCACAACUACUGAAACCCAUGCACCUAGAGCCUGUGUCUGCAACAAGAGAAGCCACCACAAUGAGAAGCCUGUGCACCACAACGAAGAGUAGCCCCUGCUCACCACAACUAGAGAAAGCCCUCACGCAGCAACGAGACCUAACACAGCCAAAAAUAAAUUAAUUUAAAAAAUAUGCAUGACAAAAUUUUUAAAAAAUAAAAUCAAAUCUGUUUUUAGCCUUUUUGUUCAGUUGGUGAUAGCUCAGGCACAAUAUGCUGAAUCAUUAACUUCCUUAGAUAUUUACGUCGCAGAUUUUAUGGCCAAAAAUAUAUUUUAAGGUACGUCCUCUAAAUAAUUGUUUUUACUUUUAAACAGUCAAUGUUAUUUCAAAUAAUCAUAUACUUGUCAAGUUCCUGAGGUUUGAACAAAUUACAGAUAAAAGUUGGAAUAUUUUAUUUCUAAAAAGCAUAUAUACAUAUAUGUCAUAUGUAUUUUUCCUUGUUGAUUAGAAAAAGAAUGAAAUAUGAUGUGACAAAACACAAAAUGAAUUGAUAAUUUUUCUGUAUUUUGAAUUAAAUUUGUCUGUAGUACAUCAAACAAGAAUGUCAUGUAAUUCUAUGUCGUAUCUUUGGAAUAUGGAGUUGGUAACUAUCACUUGUGUAAAUUUUAAUCAAGUGAUUUUAGAAAGAAACUGGAUGCUUUCAAAAGCUCUUGUAUUUAUAAAUGUUGCAAAUAUAGCUUUUGCCUUUUGUGAAUGUUGGAGAAAUGUCUUUAAAAAUGUGUUUUAAAAAUAUGUGUGAACAUAGAGUAUUGCCAGAAGAAUGCCUGUCUGUCUUAAGUCAUUUUUCAUGUUCUGAUUUUUGCUUUUUAUACUAUUUAGCUGUAUUCUUGUUCUUCAGUUAUUUCAGACUUGAGAUAAAUUUAUUUUUUUAAGGCUAA